AAUAUGACGGCUGAAGAAACAGUGAACGUAAAAGAGGUUGAAAUCAUUAAGCUAAUUUUGGACUUCUUGAAUUCAAAGAAGCUUCACAUUAGUAUGUUGGCUCUUGAGAAGGAAAGUGGUGUCAUAAAUGGUCUAUUUUCAGAUGAUAUGCUCUUCCUGAGGCAACUAAUCCUUGAUGGUCAAUGGGAUGAAGUUCUUCAGUUCAUUCAGCCUCUAGAAUGUAUGGAAAAGUUUGACAAAAAAAGGUUUCGUUAUAUUAUCCUGAAGCAGAAGUUUUUAGAAGCUUUAUGUGUUAACAAUGCAAUGUCAGCAGAAGAUGAGCCCCAGCAUGUAAGAUUUUUAUUCCUGAAGGUUUGCGCCAUAGUCUUGUUUUCAGUCAUAAGUAUUUCAUUUGCUAACACAAAAGAUCGUUAUGCAUUUUCAAAGUUUUUCUGCACCGGGAUGCGGCCUAUUAGCAGUGAAAUCUUGAGCCAGAGUUCAGUUUCUGAAAAAGAGCCUGCAAAUGGAACACAGAAUCCAGGAACACUGAAGCAAGAAAAAAAUGAGCUUCGAGAUUCCACUGAGCAGUUUCAAGAAUAUUACAGGCAAAGAUUACGCUAUCAGCAACACUUAGAACAGAAGGAGCAGCAGCGGCAGAUAUACCAGCAGAUGUUGCUGGAAGGAGGUGUGAAUCAGGAAGAUGGUUCUGACCAGCAGCAGAAUCUUACUGAACAGUUCCUUAACAGGUUGGAUGACAAGUCAAAAAAGCAGUUUGUUUGUAUUAACACCCUAGAAGAUACACAAGCGGUUAGAGCAGUGGCUUUUCAUCCAAGUGGUAGUUUAUAUGCUGUUGGUUCCAAUUCAAAAACUCUGAGAGUAUGUGCCUAUCCAGAAGUAAUUGAUACAAGAAAUGCAAGGCACAUUUUGGCACUUUAUACCUGGAGUGGCUGGAUGAUCGCAUCUGGUUCUCAAGAUAAGACUGUUAGGUUCUGGGAUCUGCGAGUUCCAAGCUGUGUUCGUGUUGUUGGCACAACAUUUCAUGGAACUGGCAGUGCAGUGGCAUCAGUAGCUGUAGAUCCCAGUGGCCGGCUUUUAGCUACUGGUCAAGAAGACUCCAGCUGCAUGUUGUAUGACAUAAGAGGAGGAAGAAUGGUUCAGAGUUACCACCCUCAUUCCAGUGAUGUCCGUUCUGUUCGCUUUUCCCCUGGAGCUCACUACUUGCUAACCGGCUCUUAUGAUAUGAAAAUAAAAGUGACAGACCUACAAGGGGACCUCACUAAGCAGCUUCCUAUCAUGGUGGUAGGGGAGCACAAGGACAAAGUGAUUCAGUGCAGGUGGCACACCCAGGACCUCUCCUUCCUGUCGUCCUCUGCAGACAGAACUGUAACCCUCUGGACUUACAGUGGCUAGUGUACACCCUAUGUUAGUCUGUGCUAUGGAAGCCCAGAGACUUAAGACUACUGAAUUGUGAAAACUCCAACUCUGAAGAACUCAGACUGUCUGAGAGUGGUUUAGCACGAGGAAACCCUUUAUUCCCCUGUGUGCUGUUGGUAGGAGGUAUUGGGUGAUGGUGGUACGCAGUGCUUUCUGUCUUCCAUGUGAGCUUGUGCUGCGCUCACCCGCUAUGUGUAGUCUCCUUGCCAAAGUCUGAAGAAGAGCUCUUACGUUGUUGUUGUGCACUCCAAGUCAAAGUGGAUAAUGUGUUUACGGUUUUUUUGUUAAAUGCAUUCCUCAGUCUCAAAUAAGUUUUUUAUAUAUACAUUGAAACUGAAUUUAAGUGUAUUAUUACAUAUAAUGUCACCACCUUCUACUUUGCUCUUCUCACCAUCCCAUAUUUGAUCACUUUUCUUCUAGUGGCCAGAAUUUUAUGUCUCCCAAAAUUUACAUUGUUGUUUUCACUUACGGAUCAUUAUGGAGUUUAAAGAUGAAUGGAAAACUGCUUCUUAGUUCAUUAUGUGGUAUAGGCUUCUUUUAAAAAAAUUCUCAAACCCAGGGAUAUGGUUAUUAUCCUGUCACAUAAUUUUGUUUCAGGCUAAAGGUUCAUGUGUUUGCUUCAGAAACUUGUUCAUUUCAAUAUCUUGAAUGCAACAAGAUACCUCCUUCAAAAAUAGUACAGAGCAACAGUAUGCAAUGCGAUAUUUGAUGGAGCAAUUAUUUACUGGCUAGCAUUUUCCUCUUAAAAUUUAAAAACUUUGCCAUAGACCAUAGCGUGUCUUGAAAUGCUAUGUCUGCAUGAUAAUUUAAAAAUGGGAAAUUUAAACUUUGCACUCCAAAAACUUACUUGGAUUUUUUUUCUGAUGCCGUUUUGUGUGAUACAGAAUAAUGAUUUUGUUUCUAUGGCAUUGUAGAUCCUAACAUUUAUGUAUCUUUAUUUUCAUAUUGUACAGUAAUUUUAAGUUAUUAAAUAGGCUAUUUUAUUUAUUUUCAACUGCAGUUGUAUUGGUACUAAUUAUUGAAUUGUCUGUGCACUGUAUGUAGCAAGCAUUUUAAAUCUAUUGUGCACAUGUGGAAAGGAUACUAGAUGUGUAACUGUGCUUUUAUUUCAAUAAAGAUCU